GCACAAAAUUCUGUGCAAAAUGUGGAUCGAAAUGAUUUCAGCAAAGACCAAUCGAAACACGCUGUGCUUAGCUAAUCACACGGUGCCUUGUAUAACACAGGGACCAAUUAAAAACAUUCUUACUACACGCGCGUUGAUUUCAAUGUAAGAUCGGAUCCGCAGGUCACAGAACAGUAUAAAAUUAUACCUGACACGGCGUACCAAUCAUUCAUUUGAUCUGAACUCAGAGAAGAUGGCACGUACCAAGCAGACCGCAAGAAAAUCUACUGGAGGCAAGGCCCCACGAAAACAGCUGGCUACCAAGGCAGCCCGCAAGAGUGCACCGGCCACCGGUGGGGUGAAGAAACCACACAGAUACAGGCCAGGAACUGUGGCUCUCCGUGAGAUCAGGAGGUACCAAAAGAGCACCGAGUUACUCAUCAGGAAACUCCCAUUCCAGCGCUUAGUGCGUGAAAUUGCCCAGGAUUUCAAGACCGAUCUGCGUUUCCAGAGUUCCGCCGUCAUGGCCCUUCAGGAAGCCAGUGAGGCCUACCUUGUCGGACUCUUCGAGGACACCAACUUGUGUGCUAUCCAUGCCAAGAGAGUGACCAUCAUGCCCAAGGACAUUCAGCUUGCUAGACGUAUCCGCGGCGAACGAGCUUAAACACCCUAAUCUUGUCUAAGACAAACAAAAACGGCCGUUUUCACGGCCACCAAAACUCCUUAGAAAAGAUACCUUCAUAAUACAUCACACCAGAAACGUAUAUUCUUUGUACACAAUAUAAUUCACUUGCAAAGAUACACAUUCAUAGACACGCCAGUUAAAAACUUAUUAUCGAUAUGAUUCUAUA